CGCCCUUUGUUUCAGAUCUGCUCAGUAUCCGCGGCGCCGCUACCGGGAGAGAGCGUGCAUCCGUGCUCUUCUCUUCUCUCCUCCCCUCUUGGUGGGGACGUGCCUUUUUUUUCCGCGAGACUUUACUUUGUCCUCAUUGCCGCGAACGUCUGGGGUCGCACUCGGUUCAGCGGCGUCUGACGGUUUGAAUUUGUGCGAGGUCCGUUAUUUCGUUGCGGGGAGGCUGAGCGUCCGCUCAAGCCGAACUGUCUGUCGCGCAUUCGGCGAGUCGUCGGUGCACCUGCGGUUUGGUGUGGCGGUGUCCCCCUCCCCUGCCUACGAGCGCAACAUUCCGGGAGACUAAACUCGCAGUUGGAGGACCGAUAUCUCAGCAAACCAAGGAUGGGGUGUGUGUGUCCAGGCUCCGUGGCUGUGCUCCUGUAUCUUGCUGCGGUCUGGGGGCUGAGUGAGGCAGAAACCUUGGCCGUCAUGCGCAGGGUGACACACACCUCUGUGCGAGAACCCCUGGCAGGCUCUGUCCUCCUCCCCUGCGUCUACACCCUCCCGCCCGGCCCCUCCCAGCAGGGCGGGACCCCGCGGGUGAGCUGGAGCCUCCGGCGGGGCGAGGCAGAGACGGCCGUCCUCUUGGCCGUGGACGGGGCGGUCCGGGUUCACCGGGCGUACGCGGGCCGCGUCAGCUUGCCCGGCUUCUCCGCGGACGGCCUGAAUGCCUCCCUGGCCCUGACACAGCUCCGCACCAACGACUCCGGAACGUUCCACUGUCAAGUGGCCCUGGGGGACAUCUACGAGCAGGACACCGUAGUCCUGGAGGUCACAGGCGCGGUGUUCCACUACGCCGUACCUACCGAACGCUACUCCCUGUCCUUCGCGGAGGCACGGCGCGCCUGUGAGCAGAACUCGGCCCGGAUGGCGUCUCCCGAGCAGCUGUGGGCCGCCUUCCACUCGGGGACGGACAGCUGCUCUGCCGGCUGGCUCAGUGACCAGACCGUCAGGUACCCCGUCCAAAAGCCGGAGCUCGGCUGCUACGGACACGUGGAAUACUCGCGCGGUGUGAGGAAUUAUGGGAAGAGAGACCCCUCGGAUCUGUUUGAUGUGUACUGCUUCGCCAGCGACAUGCGAGGUGAGGUGUUCCCCUCGUCUGCUGCGGGGACGCUGACCCUGUCCAAGGCUGCUGCGCACUGUGCCUCUCUGGGUAGCCAGCUCGCCACCGUGGGGCAGCUCCACCUGGCCUGGAGGUCCGGCCUGGACCACUGCGUGCCAGGCUGGCUGGCUGAUGGGAGCGUGCGCUACCCGGUCAACAAGCCCCGGCCAGAGUGUGGGAAUGGGGAGGCAGGGGUGCGGACACUCUCGUCCACAGAGCUUGGCAAUGGGACCACCCUGUUUGGGGCAUACUGCUACAGAGCCAAGAAACCGCAUGGGGUUUUUGCCAACUUUAUGAAGUCUCUCCUGAGACCACUGAUGUAUAUAAUGGAAGACGCACCAGUCAGCCCAGAGGAGAACACCGGCACGGCCUCCAACACACCGACUCCCAGCGGCUCCAGUUGGUUCUCUCAGCGAUCGCGCCCCGAGCUGUCUGUCCCUCAGCCAUCUAACUGGACAGGUCUGGUAGAUCUAGACAAGGAGGCUGCCAUCGCAGCUGAAAGCUUGGAGUCCUCUGCAGAGUAUGUGACCGUGCAUCUCCGUGCGGGGGAUGCCUCUCUGGACUGGAGUGAGCAGGUAAACUCCCUCACGGACAGCCGUCAGGACGAUUCGUCUUCUGGCUCCGAAGUCACCCUGGAGAGCCUCGGCGGUUCAGCGAAAGAGGAGGACGAGGAUGACGAAGGUCUUUCAGGACGACCAGUCGUCAUGGAGGCCUCGGCUAUGCCCAACACAGCACUCUCGGUCAGACUCACUGUUGGGUCCUCAGCCAUGCCCACCACAGCACCACUGGCCUCACCCACGACCACACCCUCAACCACACUCAUUACCACGCCCUCAACCACACCCACCACCUCAGCCAUGCCCACCUCUACGCCCUUGACCACACCCACCACCACACCCUCAACCACACCCACCACCACACCCUCGACCACACCCACCACACCCUUGAACACACCCACCACACCCUCAGCCAUUCCCACCAGCAUGACCUCAAUCACACCCACCACUACACCCUCAGCCUCGCCCACCACUACACCCUUGACCACAUCCACCACCACGCCAUCAGCCUUACCCAGCAAAACACACUCACCCACAUCCACCGCUGCCCCCCCGGAAACACCCACUUCCACUCCCAACAGUAGAAAAAGCUCCAUACAGGACAUUAUGAGCUCAUUAUGGAAACCGUGGAACUAUCUAAAGGUACAUGAAGAGGAGGGUCAUGGGACGACCAACAGUCCAGCUACCACCGUCACUACUGUGACUACGGACCUUGAUGCCUCCUCACUCACAGAGGCUACCUCUCCAGAAUCAGGGCUGAUGUCAUCGGCAGCGAGUACCUUGUCUGGCGACCCUCCUUCAGAUGGGGACAAGUUGACCGUCUCGCCCCGUCUCGACGUGAGCACUGUACCCCCCUCUGCACUGAUCCUUGCAGUCACUGAAGAAGGCCCGGGCACCGCCACAGCCGUGGCAACAGAAGGCUGGGCGGCAGUGGUGACAGAGGCCCUCCAGCAGGAAGCCAUGAGCUUCGACCUGGGGCGUGAGGCAGAGGUGAGUCCUGGGUCCUCCGUAGCUCCGCCGACUGAGGCAGAGGACGAAAAUGGGAAGGGGACCGGCGCUCCGGAAGGCGCCGUCAAGGAGAGCAGGAGGCUGGAGGCAGAGGGCAGCUCCUGGGCUUACACGGACCUGAUGGAGGAUGUCCCCAAAGCCCCAGCGGUAGCAGCAAUGGCAGGGCUACCCUCCAGCCCUCCUACCAGCACCGACGGUCUCGCGGCCGCCACCACGCGGCGCGUGGAGGAGAGCACGGCCAUGGAGGGCCGCAGGGAGAUCCAGUUCAAAUGGAAGAACGGGUUGCAGCAACCUGGCCAGGACAACCAGGAGACGACCGCCAUGGCUGCCAUCCCACCGGCCUCGCCGGCAUAUGAGAUGGAUGGCCUGAGCCAUGACAUGCCUGCUUCAGCGUCUCCCAGCGUGGCAGAGACCGGACGAGUCCCCCCGACGGCCACGGACGAGGACCAACUGUCAAGCUUUGGAAGCCUGUUGCUUGGCAACUCGGAGAGCAACCACUCUGAGGCUAUCAGGAGCAACGGUUCACAUGUUUUGGAAGCCGACGACAGAUGCAGUUGUUUGCACGGCGGCACGUGUCUCCCAGACGGCGAAGGCUUCCGUUGCUUCUGCCCGCAGGGCUACACCGGAGAGAGCUGUGAGAUCGACGUGGACGACUGCAUGUCCAACCCUUGUGAGAAUGGAGGAACCUGCAUUGACAAGGUGGACUCCUUCAUCUGCCUGUGUCUGCCUAGUUACAGCGGAGACAUGUGUGAGAAAGACACCGAGGGCUGUGAGCAUGGCUGGAAAAAGUUCCACGGUCACUGCUACCGGCUCUUCCCGCGUCGCCACACCUGGGAGGAUGCCGAGAAGGACUGUCGGGAGCACAGCAGCCACCUGAGCAGCGUCACCUCCCCCGUGGAGCAGGACUUCCUCAACGGUCUGGGCCAUGAGAACGUGUGGAUCGGUCUUAAUGACAGAACAGUAGAGGAGGACUUCCAGUGGACCGACAGCGUGGACCUGGUGUACGAGAACUGGCGGGAGAACCAGCCAGACAAUUUCUUUGCGGGCGGAGAGGACUGCGUGGUGAUGAUCUCCCGAGAGGCAGGGAGAUGGAACGACGUGCCCUGUAACUACAACCUGGCCUACAUCUGCAAGAAGGGCACAGUGAUGUGCAGCACUCCCCCUGCUGUGGACAACGCAUACCUGGUGGGUCGCAGGCGCUCGCACUACGACAUCCACUCGGUGGUGCGCUACCAGUGUGCCGAUGGCUUCUUCCAGCGGCACGUCCCCACGGCCCGCUGCCGGCCCAACGGCACCUGGGAGAGGCCCAAGAUCAUCUGCGCAAAAUCACGGAGGUCCCACCGUUACCGUCGGCAACACCACAGAUCCCGUCAUGAGCACCGGCGACACCGGAGACACGGGGCUGGCCACAGGGGGCGGGACUAGAGCCGCCAGUCACCACCCAUGAAUCCCUGUAUGAUGCCUCUCCCUUCACUCCGAGUUCGGAGGGUGCUGAGGAGGGUGAAGAGACCUUCGAGGACAGAACUUAUCAUGUCUUUUUUUUCGUCCCCUUCUCCACUCGUUCAUGUUUUUCUUUCAUUCAGACUCAUCCUUUCUUUCUUUCAUCCUUUGGACUCUUCUAAUGUUGCCACUAAUAUACGACUUAGUUUAAUGUAUUCAGAGUCGAAGUUAACACAGCUGAAGUUAUCUGGUACGAUUGGACUGCAGGGCACAUUCUCCCGAUCACCUGAUUACACCCGUGUGUUGGAGGCAGGAUUGUGUGGCUUCUGACACUCCAGUCAAACCACUGGUAAUGAUUUUUGUAGUCAUAGCGGAAUGAUGUCAUAGGUCUUGCAGAGUAUCUGUCUGGUUAGAGUAAUCCAUAUCCUCUAUCAUAGUGCAAUAAUGCUUUAACGAAUGUGGUACCCCAAAAUUAAAGAAAUGAUACCCUCCAUCUGAUCAGUAUUAUAUCACUUUAAAACUUCCACCCAAAAACCAACAAUGAUAAGGUUGCAUAUGGUUUCUGAGAUGAGAAAACACCAAAUCCCCCACAACAGCAAUUUACCACAAGAAACCUAUACACACCACCGGACUGGUUGUUAUGAAACUUCAGUGUGUUUACAGUUACGAUUUUCCAAUCUUGCAAAGCCAUAAAAAAAUAAUAAUGGGGAAAUAUUAGUUUUCAAGCCUUAGGAAGAAAGAAAUAUAUAGAAGUAGGGACAGAACCUAGUUCUAACGUAUGUUACUAGAUUUUCUAUCGGCAGUGACAAUUUACCACUGAACCAUUUCCCAUUUACAACCUCAGUGUUAGCUGAAACGCUGUUGAUUAAAAAUUAACAGUGUUAAUGAACGUCUGAUUGACUCAGUGUACCUAAUUGAUACAUUUGCCGCAGAUCUUGUUAAUUAUCAUUUCGUUUCGGUACAGAAGGUUUGAAUAGCAAAUGAAUUCUUGUUGAAUUGGCAGCCCUUUUCUUAUUCCUUUGUACCGAAGCCUCGAGGCGGGGAGCGAGUGUGUGCGCCUGCGCGGGAUUGACUGAUCCCUGCGUUCCUGGACAUUAGUGUGUGAGGUCCCCGAAUGUUAUUCUGGUUUUCUGUUUGUUUAUUUGUUUGUUUGUUUGUUUGUCUUUCCACUGUUUUACUUUUUAUUCACUGCUUGUGUUUGUUUCAUCUCGUCCACUCUCAUGUAGGUAUUACCCUAUAAACCCUCGUACAGAGUGCUCCACUCAUUGAAGCAGCUAAUUAUACGCUUUUCUGACCAUCAGCUGUUUUUUUUCCAGCGCUGCCACGCUAUAAUUUUUUUUAAAAUAUAUUUAUUAUCCAGAAUUUCUAAUCCAUAAUGUAGACAAUGGACAGUUUUAAUACCGAGAGAUUCGGUACACAUUUAGGCCAAAGGAACCUAUCGUGGCGAAGACGUCUGCAGUCAUGUCAAGUGGCCGUGCGCUCUUCGAGAAAAAAACAAACAAAAAAAUCAGACGAAUUUGGUGAUACUGCCUGUGUUGAACCGCUCGUGCGUAUAUAACAUUCUAACCCGUGGCUGCGGAUGCUUUGACGUUAAGUGUCUCGAGAAAAGCCGUUCGGAUCGUGUGGGACGUGGGAAGACCCAGUGCGAGGUGUGAGCGCUGUCGGAGAGCUUGCCUUUUAACGUUUAAUCAUUUAUGUGAGUGUGUGUCGGUGAUGUAAUUACUACCCUGUGUGUGCGCGCGUGUGUGCGAGCGUGCGUGCGUGCGUGUGUGUGUGUGUGCGUGUGUGCGCGCGCGCGCUUUUGUCGUGAUGUUGGAACCUUUUAUACUGUCUAAAAACAAACAUUAAAACCACUUCAUCUUUAUACAUCCACCAUUCGUUCUGUCGUAGCCUCACGACCUUAAUAUAACUUGGUGUGUAUUUUGCGUUCUUAGUAACCUAUUCUGUUACAUAGUUGAGCAAUUUGACUUAUUCUCUAAUAUUCGCUUGCUGUCAUAUUCCAUGUAGCCUACUCUGUGUUUAUUUAUAACAUGUAUUUCUAAGUACAUAUGGUGUUAGACAAAAAGAGAUCAACACAAGUAACCUGCACUGCAGGAUUAUAGCCCAAACAGAUCCUCGUCAAUAUUUUACCUGGAAAAAAAAAGCAUUUAAUCCAGUGGGUGACCUUUCGUUUGUAAAUCUCAGCAACCUCUGAUCUCUUCUUGUGCUUUCUGUUACCCUCACGGAAACCCUUGGGAACGUACGCCUGUCCCAAUCCCAAAGGCCGCCUGCCAUUCGCCUACAGGCUGCAGCCAUGUCCGUCAUCGGGCAAACGGAAGUUAGUUUCAUUGGCUUUCAGAGAUGUUCCUCGGAUAAUUUUUAAAAGAAUGGGGGAAAAAAGAAAUGGUAUAAGAAAGGUUGAGAACUUUUUUUUAAGCGACGCUUGUAAUUGCAAACAGUCCGCACUUUUUGGAGGUCCGUCAACCAGUGCAACGGCGCUUCUACAGUGUCUCCCACUGAUCUGCGGGUAGCGGUGUGAUGGAUUUGGUCUCUGAGAUAAUGUGUCCUCUUUUGGUGUUCUUAUUACUUCUCGUUGCUGUGUUAUGUUCUUUAUUAAGCUGGAAACAGACCAACAAUAAAACUGAUUGAAUCAUUACUA